AUGAUUGGUUCUAUGUUAUGGGAUAUACAGCAGUCAAAGGAAGUUUUAACUGUCAUUGUUACUGGUGCAAAGCAUGCUAACAUAUAUAUUUCCAUUGUGAAAGAAUCCCAGCUGAAGCUUAAAUUUACAGGGAAUGAAGACAUUUCCUUUGUCAGUAUUCGCACAAAACAGCAAGGGAAAAAAGAGAGAAUAUACAAUCUGAAGUCUUCAAAGGAUGACGGAGUGUGGGAGCAUGUUGAUUCUGAAGCCAAUGUUAAAGUGGGGGACAUCAUCCACUACCAGAUUGCCAUUAAAAGGAAAAAUGUCCUAAAACAAUUGAAAUGGAAAUCAGUGAGUCUGUUACCUGAGAACGCCAUAGCUCCAGUUAGAAGUCUUCGUAAGGUCACCGUAUUUCGAGACGAUUUUAACACCUUUGAUAGAAGCCACUACAAGAUAGAAAUAACGGCUGCUGGUGGUGGGAAUGGAGAAUUCCAAGUUUACACCCCAGAACAGAGCAACAUAUAUGCUUCACACGGCUUUCUCUACAUUAAACCAACACUCACAGUAGAUCACCCAGCCUUUACGGAAUCUGACUUGUAUAAUGGACAGAUGGAUGUCCCAAAGGUGUGGGGUGCUUGUACAAAAGCAAUACACAAUGGUUGUCACAAAGAAGCUUAUGGUAAUGGACAGGAAAUACUCAACCCCGUCAUGUCCGGUCUAAUUUACACCCAUGCAGCCAUCAAAUAUGGCCGCGUCAAUGUUCGAGUUAGAAUACCCAGAGGCGACUGGUUGUGGCCAACUAUUUGGCUAAUGCCUACAAAUAGUGUGUAUGGAAGCUGGCCUCGAUCUGGAGAAAUUGACGUCAUGGAAGCUAGAGGCAACAGACUUAUGAAUACAGAUACCGGACUUAACCGAGGAAUUCAUCAAAUUGCUUCAACAUUGAAUUGGGGACCCGACCCUCGUCAUAGUGCAGGAAGACUAACUCAUAAAGCCUUUUGCCUGGUUGAUGACCAAGAAAUACUACGUGUAAACACGCCUUCUGAAGGUUUCUGGAAGUUUGGACAUUUUAAUGGAACAAACAUCUGGGGGACUUCUCUGAACGCUCCUUUUGAUCAACCA